ACUAAAAUAUUCUCUAUGGUCAAAAUUGAAUUUUUGGUUUGUGAUGUGAAACUUUAUCAAAAAUAUUUUUGUAUAAUUUGUUUUGGUUUAGUUUAGUAAACAGAAAAAAUGAUAUCACGGAAAGGACAAAAGACUACAAAUGAAGGAGUGGUUGGAAAAUAUAUUAAGAAAGACACUCCUCCAGAUUUACCAAUAAUUAACGUGUGGACGACGGGUCACAACCGGCGGCCGCGCAGCCAGCCGUUCGGCGUGCACGACGCCGUCAGCCCCAGCCAUGAGAACAAGUUCGGUAAAGCUCAGACCAUGAGUGGGCAUGCUGGGAAGUACACCCCCAGUGAAUCUGUUCCCAGCUUAGCACACAGGUUUGCAAGUUUAUCCACAAACUGUGAUGGCAGCAGCAGUUCCAGCAGCUACAACUCACAAUUUCACCUGGAAUCUAACUUGGCAUCCCAGUCUACUCUGAAUGACCUGGAUGGCUCGUUCAGCCGGCAGACCAGCCACAGGUUUUACCGCCAGCUGCCUCCGCCGCAGCAGCAACCAGAGGAUCCCAUAUACCAGAAUCAACAGCAGGUGCAGCAACAGCGGCAGGCGGUGUACGGGUCCCGCGAAGCCAGCCUGCGCCAGCUCGGCGCCAGCGCGCGCCUGCUGCCCUCGCCCGCGCCGCACUCCAUACGGCUGCAUCCUGACGCCUUCGCCAGCACGAGCCAGUCGUCCCCGAUCUACUCCAACUACGUGAACUCGUCGGCGCUGCCGUACCACGCUCCGGCGCACGGGAGCACCGUCAUCUCCACGCAACAAGCAUCAGAAGAAUGCGAGCUGCCCCUGCCCCCAGGCUGGUCGGCGGACCGCACGCUCCGCGGCCGCCGCUACUACAUGGACCACAACACGCAGACCACGCACUGGACGCACCCGCUCGAGAGCGUGCCCAGCCCGUGGCAGCGGGUGUCCACGCCCAGCCAUGGCGUUUAUUACUUCAAUGAGAUAACCCACCAGACGACCUACGCGCACCCGUGCCUGGUGGGCGGCUGCUACCUGGUGAGCCCGCUGGCGGGGGCGCUGGUGCCGCCCUACCUGCUCGACGAGAUCCCGCACUGGCUCAUUGUUUACUCUAAAGCGGACCAGGAGCUUGACCACAAGCUGCGCUGGAGCAUGUUCCGGCUGAGCGAGCUGGACUGCUACUCGGCGAUGCUCACGCGCCUCUACAAGCAGGAGCUGCAGCUCAUCGUCAUGAAGUACGAGCAGUACCGAUCUGCUCUGGUUCAAGAGAUAGAGAGGAGGAGGCGUGGUAUACAAUACCACCCCCACUCCAACUGUUGACCCACAACACUCCGCCUUACUCAGCUGUGAUUUUAUAAUUUAAGAAAAAUCAACUAUAUUUUAUCAACUCAUGCCUUCCUAUAUUGUGCCUUAACUUAUAAGAAUAAAUUAAUUCUUGAUAAA